AUGAGUGCUCCAGGCAAGAAACACGUCCAGCGUGAGAAGAAAGCCGGAACCUCCGGCUCGUCUGAGGAGAAGUCUUCUUCCAGCGGCGGGCCCACCAUCCGCGACUCCCCAGCUCGUGCCAUUGCUGGGUUCGACGGCAACCGCGAUCCCGCUGAUCUGAACGUUCCAUACUCUGCAGGCGUCCAAGUCGAUGUCCGUCGCCUUGCGGAUGGCAUCGGCUUCGGUGGCUGGUCUGCCACCCGUGGAUUCAAUCUGCCCCAGAACCUUCCGCCGCGGCCGGCCCGCCCGAAUCAGCAAGGCAGAGCUGUCAAGAUCGGCCUCAACACGUUUCCUGUUGUGCAGAUGCCAACGAAGCCUGUCUAUCAGCACGAUGUUAAUAUUGGCAACGGCGCUGAGAAGCGCGGUCUCAUCAAGCGCGUUUGGAACUCCAAGGCCGUCAAGUCUGCUCUCGGUCCCGGUUGGAUCUUCGAUGGCAAUCGCAUCGCCUGGUCGCAAGAGAAGAAGUCUCUGAACAUUGACGUCAACCUGGACGAGGAGACUGGUAGAGGAUCGCGCGGUCGCAAUGUUCACAAGAUCACGAUCCGCUUCACGAACGCUGUUCGUUUCGACUCUCUGCAAGGUUACCUUGCUGGCAGGGCUCCCUUCGACAAUCCCUGCUUGGAAGCUAUCUCGUUCCUCGACCACCUCAUGCGUCAGACUCCCAGCCAGACGUACACUCAAAUCAAGAAGUCAUUCUUUGCUCGUGGCAACCAGCGGACUCUCCUCGGCAACGGUGUCGAGGCCUUCAAGGGUGUCUUCUCGUCCAUCCGUGUCGUUCUGGGAGCUGAGGGUAAACCUGGCCUUAGCGUCAAUGUCGAUGUAGCUAAUGGCACCUUCUACACCGAGUCCAAGCUUCACGAUGCAGUGGUCAAUUUCUGCAACAAGCGCGACCUUGCGGACUUUGCCGCGGAGUUUGCUAGACAGCGCCGAGAGAACCGCUGGCGUGGAGGUCCCCUCCAAACUUCUCUCAAGCGGCUCCUCAAGGUUGGCGUUCGGGUUGAAUACCGCAACCAGAAGGGAGGCCCUCAGGACUUCAUCAUCAGCCGGUUUGUGGAUAAGACUCCUAGCGAGGCCAAGUUCAAGAUUGAAGAGCGCGAUGAGAACGGCGACGUCACCAGCUCGCGCGAGACCAACGUCUUGGAAUACUAUAGGAACAAGUACGAGGUCAUUCUCAACAACAACCUACCAGUGGUUGAGAUGACUAAGAAGGUUCGCGGAAACCCUACCAUCAUCCCCAUGGAGUUGUGCACUCUUCACGGCAACCAGCGCUACCCCUUUAAGCUUGAUGAACGGCAGACUUCCGGCAUGAUCAAGUUCGCUGUCACGCUUCCCCAAGACCGCUGGAGCGCCAUUGAGCACGGCCUCAAUAUGCUGAACUGGGAAAACGACCCUUUCCUGCGUAACUACGGCAUGAAUAUCAGCAAGAAGAUGACGGUCUCCAAUGCGCGUCUCCUCCCAGCUCCCGAUGUUCAUUUCGACAAGUCUUCCGUCAAGAGCGCGAUGGCUUCCUCCGGCCAGUGGAGGCUGGGCCCGCCCCAGGUUAGGUUCGCGCAGCCGAACAAGAAGCCGUUGAAGAGCUGGGGCAUCUGCUUCAUCAAUGCCGGCCGCGGCUUAGCUGUCGACAAGACUACCGCCGAGACCUUCUCCAGCAAACUGGUCGAGAUCUACAAAGCACACGGCGGCCAGAUCGCUGCGCCGCCGACCCUGUUCGUCGGCAACUGGAAUGAGGGCUCCAAGAUGCUGCAGACCUUCUGGAACACUGUCGGCAACAAGGUCCAAGCCGAGCCCCAAAUCUUCUUCUUCAUCAUUCCGGACAGAGACUCUUCGCGGUACUUGGCGCUGAAGAAGACCUGCGAGACCCAAUUCGGCAUUGUCAGCCAGGUUAUGCAGGCGGCGCAUGUGCAGAAGUGCCAGCCACAAUACAUCAGCAAUGUCCUUAUGAAGGUUAACGCUAAGCUUGGCGGCGUUACCGCCAGGGCCGUCGGAACUCUUGCCAAACUGAACCCCAAGUUCCUCGACCAGAAGAACAUGAUUAUCGGCGCUGAUGUCUCACAUGCCGCUCCGGGCAGCCCGGCAGGCUCCAUGGCCGCCUUCACCGUUUCCAUGGAUAAGACUCUCACCCGUUAUGCCGGCCUGUGCGACACGAACGGCCAUCGCGUCGAGAUCAUCUCAACGGCAAACGUGGAGUCCCUCUUAGGCGAGCUUUUCGGACCAUGGAUGCGUGAAGUCGGUGGAGGCGAAAUGCCUCAGCGUAUCAUCUACAUGCGCGAUGGCGUUUCUGAGGGACAGUAUCAGCACGUUCUUGAUAACGAGGUUCGUGACAUCAAGGCCUUGUGCAAACGCUUUAAUCCGAAGGCCGACCCCAAGUUCGUGGUUGUCGUGGCCAGUAAGCGUCACCACAUCCGUUUCUUCCCUCAGGAACCUUCUGCCAAGGAUCAAAACGGUAACCCGAAGCCUGGUACGCUCGUCGAGUCGGGCGUCACUCAUCCAUUCGAAUUCGACUACUAUCUCUGCCCCCACAAGGCCAUCAAGGGCACCGCUCGCCCUGUUCACUACCAUGUCAUUCUCAAUGAGGCCAACAUUGGUGCAGAAGAGCUCCAGCAGAUGACCUUCGAGCACUCCUUCCAGUACAUCCGCAGCACCACCUCGGUCAGCUUGCACCCUGCUGUGUACUACGCUCAUCUCGCCUCCAACCGCGCCCGUGCUCAUGAGCAGAAGCCCAUUGUCUCCGAUGGUAAGGGCAAGGGCAAGCUGGAGAAGUCCAGCGAAGCCGACACGAUCAAGACUCCGACGGAGAUCCCACCGCUCACGAAGAUGUACCCCAACCGUGGUAUCAUGACCUCCAUGUGGUACAUCUAG